CGAUGCAAGUUCGGCAUUUGUCGGGAUUUUUCGUCACUAGGAAACAACAAGCGAAAUGGCUGCCUGACGAGCUGGAGCACAGUGGCAAUUUUAAUUUCAGUUACUGGACCUUGAAAGUUGAGAAAAAUUGUUGUUAAAAAAUGGCUCCAAAGUAAUCAGGAGUUUGUAGUGCACCCACCUACAAAUGGCGUGAUGCAAAACAGACUGAGAGCUAGUCUACUUUUAAGAUGAUGUAAAAGUUUACAGAGUUACAGCAGAUGGUUUAAAACCAAAGAUGGCAUCAUCGCCAGGUGCGUUUAGUGAAGUUUCUGAUACGGCACAAAUCCGGAUUCGUGUAGAAGUAGGCUCUCAACCACAAAAGAAGAAAAACAAAGCAUUCCUGACACAACCGAGGACUGGUUCCAAGUUGAGUGCAACAACUGAAGUGACUGGCACUACAUUCUCACCAGUCCCCAGUGAAAAACAGACAUAUGAGACCUUGUCUUCACAGAAAGAAAAGAAGCAAUUCCAGAGUAGGCGACAAAGAUCAGUACCUAAGGAUGAAGUUACUAAUGACUCUGGUAUUGAUGAAGAGAAGACAUCACCAGAUACUGAGCAGAGAGAAGAGAAAAACUUGAGAGAACUUGACAAGCUCUAUCCUAUCCCAGAUGGAUGGCCACGUCUACAUGACAAGAUCUUUAAGCGUCGUGCUCUCUUCUUCCGCAAACCUGCCUCCACAAAUGUUGACUUGGCUUUGGAGCAUCUUCAGAAGCUUCAAGAUCGCUUUGAGAUAUGGAGCAGAGAGGUGGAGCUAGAGAUAUUAAGUAGGCGGUCGUCGACUGUAGUUGGUAGUGUGAUGAAUUCAUCAAGAUCUUCUAGUGUGAUUGAAGAUGCCCCAAGUAGACUAACAGCUGAUACUGGUCGUAAACAACUAAGGUUUCUUUCUGACUCGGCUGUACCUGGAGCAAUGGAUUAUCUUACCAGUACCUCUACUGGAUGCUCAUCAACAGUGCAUUCAACCCAUAGUUCAUUACCAUCAACACACACUGCAGGAACACCAAGAACAUGUGAGCUGUCGGUGCAAGGAGUAGGUGCCAUUACACCAAAAGCUGAGAUGGUAGUGACAGAUAUUGAAGAUGAAAUUCCUCAUCUUGGAGCUGAAGAAGUGAUAGAUGAAGUUGUUGUACUUCUUGGACGUCUUGAAACUGACCGAAGAGAUACACAAGAACUGUAUGACAAGGAAUGCAGGAGGGUACAGUGGCUACAGUCUAAGAUUGAUAGACUAGCUGCAAGAAGAUUGUUUGAACUACCAAGAGCUGUUCAGAAAGAACAUGAAGCAUGUGCAACUGACAUCGCCGAGUUGAAAUGGCAUUGUUCGUACCGUGCCAGACAAAAAAGCCGUGUUCAAGGCCAAGUUGAGACUGCUGAACUUAUGAAUGCCAGACUGAUGGAAGAUAUUGCAUUUGUUCAGAAACACUGCCCACUGGUGGAAGAGAAGUUAGAGCUGGAGAGGGAUGCCAUGAAGAGAAUAGAUGAGGCUCAAGUUCAGACGACAGACAUGUUAAACCAAACCUACGAGAAACUGAAAAGAACAGAAGACAAGUCAGCAGAGGCUCAUGGGAAAGCUGACAUGGAGCGUGCUCACAUUAAGCGAGAGCUGGAAGCAGUCCGUGAUGCUCUCAGGGAGAUCAGCACGGAACUUGAUGAAGCUAAGGCUCUUCAUACUUCCUACUCUCAUCAGUGCAAUGACCUUAGACAGAAGCUCCGGGAGAAUGUGGAAGAGAGGCUUGUGCUCCUCUCAAAGUGUGAAAGUGCCAAAUCAGCAGAGAAAAUUCAGGCUUCAAAGGUCAAGGACAUCCAAGAGAAGAUCAUAGAAGCAGAGUUUGAGCAUCGCAAGAAGGCGGAUCAUAACUUCCAAUUGACCAGCCAAAUAGAAAGAACGAAAAAUAAUCAAACCAAAGAAACAGAUGAUCUGGAGGGAGAAUCCAAGCGGAAAUUGGCAGAAUUGAGAGAGCAACAAUCACUAUGCAGACAAAUGUCAAUGGAGAUUGAAGAUACUGAACAGAAACUGAAGAACUGUGCCAAGCAGCAGGUGGCAGAUGCCAAGAAUGUGGAACGGAUCAAGAGAGAAAUGACUAAGGUGGAGACACAGCUAGCUGUAGUUGACGAAGAGUAUGAUAAGAUCAAAGUUAUCAAUACAGCAAUACGCAACAAACUAAUAGGUGAAGAGGAUAAAGCCCAAAUGAUGGAAGAUACUCUACAGGGUACGGCAGAGAGUCUGAAGAAACAAGUCAAAGAGGAAACCCAUGCACGGACAGUCCUUCAAGCUCGCAUCUCUUCUGACACCACAGACUUGGCUAAACAACAGACAGAAGCCAAGAAGAAAAAAGCUAAGGUCUCUAAGAAGGCAUUUGAAUUGGAGCAGAUUGUCAGCAAUAUCUUAGCUGAUGUCAAAGUACUGAGGAAGGAACACGCUCAACGUCAAAGGACUAUUGCAGAGCUUCGAGGGUCCAUAGCAGAGUUGAAAGAACGUCACAAAGAAGUGAAGGCAUCACAGACUACAACAAUCCAAGAACUGGAACCACAGUGUGAGAAUCUUGAGAAAGAGAUCCUGAAUGCUACGAAGCGCCUUGACUACAUGGCUUACCGUACUGACUUGAUUAACAAGAAACUUGCCGAUAUGGCCAAAUCACAGAGUGUUAUGCAUAAAGUCAUUACCACUACAGAGGAAAGUAUUGCUGAAUUAACUGAAGAUCUUGAAGAGAUAACAAUUCAGUUGACAUCAGGUCAGAAGCAGCAAGAUGAACUGAAGGAUUCCUUGACUCAGGUUACUCAGCGAAUGGAAGAAGGGAGUAGUAAGCAUCUGGAGAACAUGAAGGCACGUAGAGAGGUGCUAGAACAACUAGAGAGUGAUUUAAAGGAAAAUCUGCGCGAGAACAAGGAGUUGGCUCAUCAGUACAGGCUGAAACAGCAGGAGCAUCUUAAGCUGAAAGAGGAACUUUUGGAUGGCCUAGAGGGUCGUCUUAGCCUGGAAGCCAGCAUUAAAGACCACAAGCAGUUGGGUGGUCUUCAGCUUCGCCUCCACCAUGCCUUAGUGCAGUACUACCACAUCAGAGGACUCUUUAACCAGAAUGAAUUAAUGCGUUUUGAGGAGAUGUCAGCUGAGAACUGCCAGCGUAUCCAGUCAUUACAGAGAGAGAUGGAUCAAGCCAUCGAUACCAUCAGUUCCUUCUUGACAGAUCAGUUAGAUGGGACAGCAGCUAACAUAGUGCAUGCUGCUGCAACAGCUGCUUUGCUUAAAGACGACACUGCAUUAGGAAUAUCAGUAUAGACAGAUGUCAUCAUACUGAUAGCUGCAGUGUUUCUAAGCCAAGGACCGUCAUCCAUUUGGGGGGGAUCUUUCGUGCUCAUAGAUAAUCUAUGUACACAUUUUGACAUUGGUUCUUGGAAUGAGAGUUUCUCCCGUAUAAUCAGCAGUGAUCCAGUGAGAGAGGUCAGUCUGGCAUGAAACAACACCAUAUUGUAUCUGGCAUGCAGGUGGGUUAACCUGUAUCUGAAGACUUGUCCACCUGACAGGACAUUGUUGCUAGGCCAAUUAAUUUGUUUCCAUUUCAACAAUCUGCUACCAGAUAGGUAAAGUGAAAAAGGCCAUUCUUUCUCACUUUUAACCCGAUGAUCCAUUUCUGCCCUGAAAUUGUCAAAGUUUGGCUUGGAUGCAAACUCUCUCGUUCUCGCAUCCUUCAAUCUUCACUGUUUUUACCUAAAACUCUAACGGGAUGUUAUUGCUGAUUUGUAAGUUUGUUACUUGUUUUAUUUUUGUAGAUAAUUUGCAGCUAAUCAUUUUGCCCACAUUGUGAACUCCAUAAACCAUUCAGGGUUCCAUAAAAGCUUAUCUUAAUGUAAAUACAUGUACUGGUUUUAUUUUAUGUCUUUUCAAAGGGAAAAUUCGAACAGCUAGCAGCGCUAGCUGAACUGAAUCUGGGUAGAAUUUUCAAGAUAGAAAGGGCUAGUUAUGCCCAGCAGUGACAGUGUUCAACAAAAUCAAUUUAUCACUAAAUUAUAAAACCCAGCUUUGCUGUACAUGUAAAUGUGAUCAUUGUAUCCCCCUCGAAAAAAUCAUUCAUCAAAAAUCUCUCUGUGGAACUAGUGUAACACAUAAUUUUUCACACUCGCAAACUGAAAAGAAUGUGGAGAUGCAACACACAUGCCAUUUCGAAGUUGUUUAUAGUUGUAUACAAUAAAUGUUUUCUGAUUGAUGAGUUAACGACUAUCAA